GGUCACAUGUUGGCCCGAGCAGCAGCUCGCGUCGCCAGCUGAGCAUCCCUUCAAUGUUCGGUUUACGCUCGGGCGGUGUAGUGCGGUGCGAGUGUUGUGUCGUGUCGUUGCCUGAUUGCCCGACAGUGGUGGUGUGACGGUCGUCGAUGCCUGCGUCUUCGGCACAGUGCGGAUAGAAUCACACUUUCGCAGUGUUCGCUGACAAGGUAGGAUGACUCCCGUGGCGCCCGCGGACGCUGUUUUCUCUUCUACUGUUCGGGCGCGGGUGGGGAGAAGGAGAUCGUGGGAGGCUUCUUUUUUUCGCAGCCGCCUCUUUGGAAAGAAAAGAACGCGACCGGCGGUUCCUCGAGAGCGGGAGAGACAAGCAAACAAAGUAUAAUAAACCUUCUUGGUUGGCGAUGGGCGGGCGUGGGGAGGGAAUGACGGAAAUAAAAGAAUUAAAACGAAAGGAAGUGAACGGCGCAGCCCCUCUCAAUUCUUCCUGGAAAUCACUGCAGCAGCAGCAAGAACAACAUCGGCUCUGUAGGCAUCUCUCUCGGGUCACGCGGUGUUUUUCCACGGCGUCGUCUCUCCCUCCAGUGGCGUCGAGCGGUCUGCUGCGUAGGCUUCCCCCACGGCAACCCCCACAAAGUGCCGUUUGGUGGUGGUCUGGACUUGGCACGGAUCACGCAUGGCACAACCUUGGACAGAAAACGGAGUGAUGGUGGUGCACAUGGCCAGUGGGGGCCGUGGGGACACAGAAGCCGUGCUGCUGCCAUUCACCCACCAGGUGGGGGGACACAGCCGUAUGUUGCUGCUGGACCCAGGCACCCUGUGCAAGCCGCUCAUUCCAAGGGAGCUCCACUUCUACCUGCACGUGCCGCGUGAGAUGCGACCCUUCGUGCCCGCCUACAAGGGCGUCAUCCAGGUGCACCACGGGCACGCCAGCGAGGAUGAGGACGACGAGGAUGACGAGUCGUGGUGCCAGGGGAAGCCGUCCGGGAGUGAAGCCUCGCAACUCAGGGUGCAAAUAUGCAGCUGCAACGAGGAACGCCUGUUGCUGCGCGAGUCUUCAUCAUGGAGUGGAAGUCAAUACCUGUUGUUGCUGGAGAAUGUUGUGUCGCACUUCCGCCGGCCAUGCAUUCUGGACUUGAAGAUGGGCACACGGCAGCACGGUGACGAUGCCUCGGAGGAGAAACGCCAUCGCCAGAUGGCCAAAUGCGCUGCCAGCACUUCUGCUUCCUUGGGUGUCCGCAUCUGCGGCAUGCAGGUGUACCAGUCGGGCAGCUUCAUGUGCCGGGACAAGUACUACGGCCGGAGGCUGGACGACCGGGGCCUGCGCCACUGUCUGCGGCAGUUCUUCCACGAUGGCUACAGGCUGCGUGCCGACCUGGUGGCACUGGUCACGCAGCGACUACUUGGGCUGCGCCGUGCCGUCGAGCGCCAGAACUCAUUCCGCUUUUAUUCGUCCUCGCUGCUCGUCAUCUACGAGGGCUCUUCACCAUCUUCUUCCUCGCACGAAGACGACGAGGCCAGUCACUCCAGCAGUACAGCGGGGACUGCGGCCGAGUCUGAAGAGGACGACGCGCCGUCGCCACCACGCGUGGACGUGCGAAUGAUCGACUUUGCACACACUACACACGAGGGCUACGAGGGAGACACCACACGACACUGCGGGCCGGAUGCGGGGUACCUGCUCGGACUGGACAAUCUGGUGCGGCUGCUGAGCGAGGUGCAGGCGUCGGCCGUCGACACGUAGAUUGGACGCCCCGUGCAUCGUGCCGUUUCGUUGCGCGCCCGCCCUCUAGGAAAGGCGGUGGUGUUACCGCGCCAGUGACUGGUUGAAUUUCAGGAUGCCCCGAGUGUGAGUGAGAAGCAGAGAAACUUGUAUAUACAUAACAGCCCUGCCAGUUUGCCGGCAAGGGGCCUUACCUCACUGCCAGCUUUCACACCUUCGACUGUGGACAGGCUGGGUGGAGGCAUCGCUGACUGUGUUUGGGACAACAACACGUGCGAAAAGACUUUUUUUUUCUUUA